UUAGUGGCUCUGUCUGGAUCACCAAAAAUCAAACUAAGUGCCGAAGUGUCGAAAAUAACGAUCCCGGGCAGGAAGAAAUGCUAUCGGCUGUACGGUAAAUUUGGUUAUGGUAUCUGUGAUCUGAUGACUCUGGAAGAGGAACCUCCACCGAACAUCAAUGAACCGAUUCUUUGUCGACAUCCGUUCCUGGAAAGUAAACGCGCACUUGUAAUUGCACAACGAGUUGAAGAAUUGCAGCUGAAAUAUUGGGAUAAUGGGAAAAUUUUGCAGCCGCUACCAAGUUUAAGCGGAAUGCGACAAUACGUCAAUGAAUCGUUGGAUCGUACACGUAGAGAUCAUCGACGACUGUUGAAUCCAACUCCGUAUAAGGUUUCGAUUCCGUUCGAUGUGUCUGUGAGCGAAAAACUCUACGAUUUUUUGCAUCUCAUUUGGCUUCAGAACGCGCCAAUAGGUCAA